GAAAAUUAAAACAAGAGAGUAAAGAAGAGAGCUUUAUUAGGCGCGCGUCAUCUUCAUGGCGACACAUAUCAUAAGACAGACAAAGAGGGAACGAAUCUCAAGACUAGCCAUUAGUUUUUGUCUCUUCCCGUUGCUCUCAUAGACUCCUUCGUCUUUGUUGUUCCAUGAUUCUUCUUAUUUCGGUACCUACUUGACUUAAAAAAAAAAAAAGCUUCAUCUUCUCGAUGAUCCUCUGCGCAAGCCGCCAUCAUGACGCUAAAUCCUCCUCCUCCUCCGUCGCAGCCUACAACGCCUCACUCGCCGCCGAAUCGCCGCGUUCUCAUUGUCGGGAAUUAUUGCCACGACGUUCUGAUCCAGAACGGAUCAGUCGUAGCUGAAACACUAGGCGGCGCCGCCUCUUUCAUCUCUAACGUCUUAGAUUCUUCAUCCGUCUCCUGCGAAUUGGUCUCCAAAGUCGGACGCGACUUCAGAUACGAGGUCACUCACUCCCCGAUCGUUGUCCCGGAGAAGGUGACAACAGUUUUCGAAGCUUAUUUCGAUCUGGGCAUCGAUGUGAUCGGUCACGCUGAUCGGGUAUUGAAACGGGUCUCUGCAUGUGAUCCGAUUCUCCCAUCGGAUAUACCGGAUUCGAGAUUCGAUUUCGGGAUGGCUGUUGGAGUCGGCGGCGAGAUUUUGCCGGAGACGCUUGAGAAAAUGGUGGAGAUCUGCGACGUUGUGGCCGUUGAUAUCCAAGCUCUGAUUAGGGUUUUUGAUCCUGUUGAUGGAUCCGUGAAGCUUGUUGAUUUGAGAGAAAGUGGAUUCUUUCACAUCUUGCAUCGGAUUGGAUACUUGAAAGCUUCAUCAGACGAAGCUCUUUUCAUGGAUGUUGAACAGAUGAAGCAUAUGUGUUGUGUUGUGGUGACUAAUGGUGAAAAAGGUUGUAGGAUUUAUCAUAAGGAUGAUGAAACGAUGGUUCCUCCGUUUGUAGCGAAGCAGGUGGAUCCUACCGGCGCUGGUGACAGUUACCUAGGAGGUUUAGUGGUUGGGCUUGUAGAAGGUUUGGCUGUUCCUGAUGCUGCAUUGUUAGGGAACUUCUUUGGUUCCAUCACUGUUGAGCAUAUUGGUCAGCCUAAAUUCGAUUUGAUGAUGCUUCAGAGAGUGAAGGAAGAGGUGCAGAGAAGGAAGAAGCAACGUAACCUCUCAAUUAACCAUAAGAAUGAUCAAGAAGAGUUCCAUGCGCGUCUAACUCCAGCUCGGUUUUCGUGUGUAGACUCUCCAGUUCAAACAGAGUUAUUAGUCAAUGGUCUCUCUUGUGACAGGUGAUGAUGAUGAUGAUGAUGAUGAUCAGUGCCUGUGAAUACGAAUCUUGAAUUUAUCUUUUUUUUUUUCCUACUAACAAAGCUCUUCUGAGUUGUGUGUAAGCAAGCUUCUACACGUUUAUAAAUUUUGGAAAUCUAUUAGUGUAUAAAACGCGUUGACCAGGCGUCUUCAAACGCUCUUUGCGGUCGCGCCACCGCACAAGUUU